AUGGCACUCACCGAUCAAAAACAACCACCAACCCAAUACCCAAUCCCUAAUCACCAGCAAACAAAAAUUCUGAUCCCUCAAGCUCCUCAUGGGCACAACAUUGAAGAUGAAGAAUGGAAUGCGGGAAUCCAAGAGUGGGAACACUGCCUAGUGGGAUUUGUCUAUGGUGAUAAGCCAGAUAUUAAUAAGAUACAAAGGCAUGUCAAGAAUUUUUGGGGCAAUGAAGAAACUGUUACUGCUCAUUUGAUUGAAAAAGGGAUUUUUCUUUUCAAAUUCGGAAACAAAGAGAAGAUGAAUGAGAUCUUAGAAUCCGGUCCUUGGAGUUACUAUAGCAUCCCACUAAUCUUACAACCAUGGACUCCAGAAAUGGAUAUUGAACCUUACAAGAUUUCAAAAUUUCCCAUUUGGGUUAAGCUGCCACUACUAAAAUUGCAUCUCUGGUCUAAAUCUAUCUUGAGUAAAAUCGCUAGUGUGAUUGGAAAACCAAUCUGCACUGAUGGUGUUACAGCAACACAGGGAAGACUUGGUUUUGCCCGAUUUUGUGUUAAAAUUGAGCCAAAUAGUGAACUUCCUGAUAUCAUCACAUUAAAAGGCCCAGGGGGUGUCUCGAUUGUUCAAAAGAGCAACACAGAAACACGAGGCAAGCAGAAUGAGAUUGUCCCACAAAAUCAAAAUAAACAGGCUGAGAAUGCACCAGUGACGAUAUUGAAAGAAAAACUGGCAUCUAAUCCAGUUGUUUUGAAAGGCCUACAAACGUCAGAGAUCCAGGUGACAGAGAUUACACUAUCAACCAGUGGCUUAACUCAACCGGGCACAGGUGAUGAUGAGGAAAUUGGUCGAUUGGAAAAGAACUCUUUCAAUCCACUAGCGCAGGAAACAAAAAGUGGCUUAACUCAACCGGGCAUAGGUGAUGAUGAGAAAAUCGGUCGAUUGGAAAAGAAUCCCCUCAAUCCACCGGUGCAGGAAACAAAAGCCCCAAAAAGUGAUCAGUACAUCUAUUGUAAUAUUACGUCUGGGAGCCACCAACUCCUUGCUUCCUUCGUAUAUGCUUCUAAUUCCAGAUUGGAAAGAGCUACUCUGUGGUCUGACUUAUCAAAGUUAUCUGCAUCAAUCAACUCAGAAUGGACUCUGUUAGGGGAUUUUAACUGCAUUGUCUCUGUCUCUGAAAGACAAAAUGGCAGAUCAGUAACAUUCAAUGAUACAAUGGAGCUACAGUCUUUAAUGGCAACUCACCACCUCACGGAUAUGCCGUAUUCAGGGAAUUUCUUCACAUGGUCCAACAAGCAUCAAAAUGGCCAACGAAUGUGCUCAAAAUUGGAUAGAAUUAUGGUGAAUAGCUGCUGGAUGUCCACUCUACAGUCUCAAGCUACCUUCCUUUCCCCGGGGAUCUCUGAUCACUCUCCUGGCGUAGCUGAACUACUACCCCAAAGAAGAGCUCACCCUCCAUUCAGAUUCUGUAAUUUUUGGACAAAAGAAGAUGACUUCAGGUCUACGGUGUCUAGUGCAUGGUCUGAAAACCCUCCUCCAUCUGAUUUAUAUGACCUCCAGAGGAGUUUGAAGAGCUUCAAACAAAAAUGCAGAGACAAAUAUGGGAAAAUGACGAAGGCUGAGGGAACAAGAGGCACGAAUGUCGGCUGA